UACACUGGGUACGCUGUGUCGCCUGGGUGGAUAGUAUAGUUACAUCAACAUUAAAGGGAAUAAAAUGCCGCGGAUUCAUGUAAAUAGAGAGGUCGCUUCAGCGCAGAUAAUUAAUGUUUCUUAAUUAACACGGGUCACCUCUGGAGCGGUUAGUGGCAGGCUUGUUGUCGGUGUUUAUCAGCAAUAUUUCAGGUAACAUUGAUUGGAAGGCUUUGGAAGGUCAGACAUUGACUUGUUUACUAAAGGAGAAGAGUGUCAUCUUCCUCACCACAGCAGCUGCGGGGAAGUUUGUCACUUUAGUCCCCGUUGAUCAAAUGAUGAACUGAGAACUUUGUCAACCUCACGCGUCUCCGCAGCACCCACAGGUUAGAGGAGUCGACCACGUUGCCUCACCACACCUGGACAGAGAAAUGUGUUUGUGCGUGUCCUCGAGUGCAUGACCGUGUCUCAGUGUUUUCUGGCUGCACUUCCUCUCUCACCUUCUGAGAGGCGCUUCUGUACUUGACUGACUACAACAUUUGUCUUCACAACUCCAAAACAUCAUGGGUAGGAAAAAGAUUCAGAUCCAAAGGAUCACCGAUGAAAGGAACAAGCAGGUGACAUUCACAAAGCGGAAGUUUGGUUUGAUGAAGAAAGCCUAUGAGCUGAGUGUAUUGUGUGACUGCGAGAUUGCUCUGAUCAUCUUCAACCAUGCAAACAAGCUGUUCCAGUACGCCAGUACUGACAUGGACAAGGUCCUGCUCAAAUACACAGAGUACAAUGAGCCACACGAGAGCCGGACCAACGCUGAUAUCAUUGAGACUUUGAGAAAGAAAGGCUUCAAUGGCUGUGACAGCCCAGAGCCGGAUGGCGAAGACUCAAUUGACCAAAGUCCCAUUAAUGAUGACAAGUACCGUAAAACCACAGAGGACCUGGAUGUUCUUUUCAAACGCUACGGACAGUCGGCGGCUCCGCCUCAGACUUUCUCCAUGCCGGUCACCGUCCAGGCGACCAAUCAAAGCACACUGCAGUUCAGCAAUCCUGGCAACGCACUGGUAACUACCUCCUAUGUGACAUCAUCGUCGCUCACGGAUACCCACCUCCUGUCACCACAGCAACCGGCUCUUCAGAGAAAUACGGUGUCUCCUGGGUUGCCACAGCGACCAGCCAGUGCAGGCGCUCUUCUUGGAGGCGACCUGAAUAAUUCAAAUGGAGGAUGUCCAAGUCCAGUCCCUAAUGGAUACACCAGUGCCAGGGCCUCCCCAGGCCUCCUCACCGUUUCCAACGGCAACAGUCUGGGGAAAGUAGUUCCGGCCAAGUCUCCACCCCCACCUCAGAGCCCCCAGAUGGUCAACAGCCGCAAGCCAGACCUCCGAGUCAUCACCUCACAGGGCGGAAAGAGCCUCAUGCAGAUGACAGAGGAUGAGCUGGAAUUGGUAAACGAGAACGCCCAGCGGCUGGCAGCUGGAGCUCAAACUCUCACCACACCAGUGGUCUCUGUAGCCACACCGAGCCUCCUGGCACAGGGGCUGCCCUUCUCCGCCAUGCCCACAGCGUACAACACAGAGUACCAGCUGACCAGCGCGGAUAUCACUGCUCUACACGCUCUGGCAUCACCGGGCGGCUUGCUGCCCACCGGUGUGUCCACAUGGCAGCAGCAGCAGACGGUUUCCCAGCUACCGCAGCAGCAGCAACAGCAAACACAGCAGCAGCAACAGCUUAACUUAGCAUCACUUGGCAACUUGGUCAUGUGGGGCGUGGACAAACAGAGCAGCGAGCUGUCUAGCCAGGUGUCCAGUCUGGCUGCCAAUCUGAGUGUUGGCUCUCCGUCCAACCUGCUCUUGGGUAGAGAUGAGUGGUUGGGCCGGCCGGUGCCCAACAUCCCUCAAGGCGCCAUGCUGACCGUCAACACAAACUCCAGCGUGAGCAUCAAGUCAGAGCCCGUGUCGCCCGGCCGAGAUCGCAGCACCCCUUGCCCUCCCCCUUCUACCACGCCGUCCACGACCUCAGGAGGAACCAUCCUGACCGCUCCGCCUCAGUACCCUGGCUCCCUGCUGUGCCUGGAGCCCCCGACCGGUCGCUCGCCUGCAGACAGCGUAAGCAGCAACGCCAGCUCCUUCGAAGGCAGCGAUCGUGACGAUACCGGAGCAGCUGGUGGUGGCACUGCAGGUGCGGGUGGAGGAGGCGGUGGGGGCGGUGGCAGCACGGCAGGUGCUACAGGUCCCUCCAGCCGGUCCGUGCCGCCUGAUUUCAGCCCGUCGGCCGAGCUCCUCAGGGCGUCGAACGAACCGGAGCAGGAAGGAGGAAACAUCAAGCGCAUGAGAUUGGAUGCCUGGGUCACAUAGAGGCACCAACACCUCCUCUCUGCUCCCACAGUGAAGUUUUGGUGACUCCCACAACACGCACCCACAGUCAUUCUUAGUCUCCCCCCCCCACUGCCAUGUGACACUAUCACCACACACAGUUAUAUUAUUCAGCUGCGUCACCCAGACUUCAGAGGCUUUGCCAAAAAACGUAAAAACAAGCAUAAAAAUCCUUGGAGGAUCUGAGUGAGGAGAGGAUGGCUCAGUGCUCAGCUGGAUAUUUUAGCCCCUUGAAUGGAGGGACAGUAGAUUUUUAAAGCCUUCUUGCUUGAAUGGACUCCCAUAUAUUGAUAUUUUUCUGUUUGUUUUUUUUUUGUUUGUUUUGUUUUUGUUUUUUUGGUAGAAUUACGGUGUUCAAAGUGAAACCACAAAAAAACAUUUCUCUUUCACAUGGUUUCAGCAUCACCUCCGUGUAUUUACAUCAAGCUCUUUUCAUUUUAACACGUGACUCGUGGCUUGUCGACAUUACGAGACUAACGCCACAUGACUCGCCACUUUCUGCUCUCCCGAAUCCAGCGUUAUUUAGAUUGCGUGCUGUCGAUUCUUCUGUAAGGCACUUCCAAACUGCACUAAUGGAAAUAACUUUAUCUGGACAAAGACUGACCGAUUCUUGGCACUGACUAAACAGACUCAAACAAGGUCUUUCUAGGUAAGAAUAUUUCUGCAUCAAAGGAUCUUUUUUUCUGCUGCCACGACCUCAUGCAACCAGGCAGGCCCGAGCCCCUCAGGUGGCACUCUGCAGCUGUGGAGUCGAGCACCUCGCCAGAGUGCCAAUAUCAACUUCUCUUUAAGAUACUUUUUAAAAAAAAAAAAAAUGCCAAAUGCCCCUCGCACCCAGUGCAGGGACAUACUAUCACUCGCACUGUCAUGAAACAUUGAGAACCUGUCGAUGCUUUUCUGGCUUUGUGUUGGCAGUCACUUUGUUUGCAGAGUGGGGUGCUCCUCCCGUCCUCUCACCUCAUCGCCACUGGAACUCAGAUGGAAAUCCAGCCGGUCACUCAGCUUAUUACCAGGAGUGGAUGCCAUCCAGUGAAAUUCAAUAGUAAGAGGGGUUUUUUUUGUUUUUUUUUCUUCUUUUUUGAGUAGGGAAGUAUUUGGUUCUUUGAGUCCAAGUGUUCUCUAUCUGUUGGUAUUUUAAAAAUCUGUUAGUCGUCCAGAAGUAGGAAUUCUGACUUUGUAUAAAAAUCACUCCUUAUACAAAAAGCUUUGAUGUCCUCUUUAGCUCUCUAUAGCUCUCCUUAGCUCUUUGCCGUGUUUGGAAAAGUGAAAGGAAAAAGACAUUUUCUAUAUUUCUACCGCUUCAGUUGGCGAUAAAGUAAAAUAGCUUUUCGGCUUCAACGACGUGUAUGUACAUAUGAAUAUAUUUGCAUAGACUUUGCUAGGUAUCCCUAAAAACAAGCAAUGUGUUGAUUCUCAGUGGAUCUGUUUGCAUAUAUGAGUGUGCAUUUGAUAUGUUUUGAGAUACAGGUGCAGGGGUUACGCCGCGCUGGGUAGUGCCGGUGGAUCGGACGUGUUUCAGUAAACCUAUUUUAUUCUAGUGUUGAUGGUGUGUGCACUUUCUGUCUCUCACUCACAGAGGCCUGCUUGGUUGUGGUGUCAUCAUAUUCGCUUGCCACAUAUUUAAAAAAAAAAAAAAAAAAAAAAAAUUUAAGUUUACGAUCAAAGAAAAAUCAUACACCGU